AUGAACUUGAAUCACAACAAAUACGACCCACACGGAGUACAGCGGCUGCUUGAGAUUCUGCGUCGACAACAAGAUACGAAUUCAAAUGCUAUCUCUACCCCCGUUAUCGCAGCGCCGACUUCUGAGACUCGCUCGUCCACCUUGCCGCAUCCGUACGCGUCGAAUCCAUUCUCUUUAGCCUCCUCCUCAAGCAGCCCAUUAGGAUCUCGGAUUCACGCUAUAGACGUUGAAUCAGAAGCCGCUCAACGUAGAAGAAAUUAUAACGCGCCCUCGGCGAAUUAUGGCGUCUCGGCAUUGUCGGACGAACGAUUCGAUCCGUAUGCGUUGAACCCGUUCAGUGCGUCUGAUGCCGUCAUCUCGAAGCGUGCACUCGCCGUAGCUUCGGCUCUACCAAAUGCAAAGCCCGCAGUAGCAGCAUCAGCGGAAGCACGCGAUUUAGCUUCACUAUCCUUCGCCGAAGCACUUCCGAUCCUCUCCACGCUCUCAACCGACAGUUCAGCCCUCACGCGCAUACGGACACUUCGAAAACAGCAGCACCAGCUCGAACACCGGCUAUCGAAAGAAUACCGCCAGUUUUCUGCCACAGCAGACAAGCAGUUUCCUAACGCCAAGGCGAGAAGAGCUCAAGACGAAAAGCGCCGAAUUGCCAUGUUGCAUCAGUGGGAUGAAUGCGUGAGGAAGCAACAGGAUGAGUUGAAGAAGGCAGGCAUUCCAGCAGUCAAAGUGACCACGGAGAAGCGCGAGAUGGACAAGCAGAGGAAGGUGUUGAAUGUGUUGGUCGAAAUGCUCGAUGAUGCAGAAACCGAGGAUCGCAACGGGUGA